CCAUGGCGACGGCCGUGCCGCAUUGCCCUCCGAAACAGGACCUCCCUCCGCCGGGCGGCUACAAGAAGAUCCCCUUUGCUCGUGUGCCACCCAAGAGCUACUUCACAGGCUUCACCACCAUCGGAGCCUAUGUGGUUGUAACGACCGUUGGCCUGGGCAUCUACUACUUGACCGCCAAGAAGGUGAAACGCGACGAGAUCGAAAUGCGGUCAGCCCAGAACGUCAUCUUCCCCAUUUUGGUGGCCGAACGUGACCGGGAGUUCCUGCGCCAGCUGCGCCGCAAUCGGGACGAGGAGGCCGAGCUGAUGAAGAACGUGCCCGGCUGGGAAGUGGGCACCUGGUAUGGUGAGCCCGUGUUUAAGACCCUGCCGGAGGACACCCUGGUCACACCCAUCUUCAAGGAGUUCUACGCCCACUCGGACUGGAAGUCCUACGCCAAGCGUGCCCACUUGAAGCUGUGGUCUUAAAUUGGCCCUAAUAUAAGGGAUUAGUUAAUGCCUACGCCUAAUCAUCGAUUGUGAAAGCUCCUUUUUUGUUUUUAGAAUGGCCUAAGCGCUAAAUAUCAUCCAAUUAUAAUAUCAGAUUGGCUGAAA